AUGAUCCGGUUGAAGCGAAGGCGGAGUGAGGUAUAUAACGGUCCCGUAGCCCCCAUCACCAAUAUCCUCCCCACCCUUAGGCACAUGCAACGACUCGUACUUGUCAUUUCCUGCUGUGCAGCAGUGGUUCGAGCCGAUUUGAAGUCCGGUGAGGAGACUCCACAAUAUUGGCGAGCGAUUCUUGGCGACAUUUGCCAACUACCUUCAUUUCCACGAGCGACCGGCGACCCUCACCGAUAUGUGGAGUGCGUUCGACAAAGUGCUUUGGCAGCUGAUCGGAAAGAUCUCGGCAUUUGGCUGCUUAGAGAAUGCCUUCCCGGCUUCGAAUUUGUCGCUUCGGCUCGACGCUGUAAGACGAUUCGUUCGGUAAAACGACAACAAGAACUGUGCGGAUCAAAUAACUCGUCAAUGUACCAGUUUUGUCCCUCCAAGAGCAGCAGUACUGAGUUCCUUGUGGAGGAGGUCCGUGAGGCUCCACGUCAGUGCACCUGUCCAAAUGGCGAAGAGAAUUGUGUAUGUCCGAGUCCGGAAAUUCUUGAGCCGGUCGUUAUUCCGAUCAACUCGGAGAAAACUCGUCGUUCACCGCUGCUCAGUACUUCGCCACUCCAGUUCUCACAAUACCCGUCAUGUCCGUGUCCACCUGCUCAGCCCGCUUGUACGUGUGUGUCGACAAAUACUCAGAAUGAAAAGAGUUUGUUUUUGCUAGUUACUGUGUGGUUAUUUUUAGAUCGUAGUCUUCGAUCAGUUUGUUGCCAGCAACUUCUCCGACGCCUUGUCAUGCAACUGUGCACCGCUCCUGCUCUCUUGUACGACCUCAAGGUGGUUUAG